CCCUGCAGAGUUGCCAAGUUUGUCCAAGUUGAAAUUCUCUCUCUCUCUCGCCUGAAUCGACGACUCAGUGCAGAAAAUAACAUGGGGAACAACUUUCUGAAAUGGGUUCUGACGCUUUGCAUGAUUUACUCAGUGUCAGGUGAAGGUUGCUCCCUCAUCCUCAAGCCCUCCAGGGUUGUGGUGGGCUUUGGGGAGACGGUGUCAGUGAGCUGCGAGGCCACGCGCCCGGUACGUGUCCUGGGCUGGGAAUCGGUCAUCAGUGCUGCACACACUCAGCAGGACCUGUCAGUCCAGUGGAAGGUAGACAGUCUCAUUGAUUGGAUAGAGGAGCCGAUCUGUUAUGGGGUGUUUUUCACAGCGCCCAGACAGUGUGAGGAGAAGCUCAACCUCGUCCUCUACAAAACCCCGGACAGCGUCUCCAUCAGGUCUGUGAACCACACUGGCCCCAUGGUGGAAGGAAAAGAGUACCAGCUGCUCUGUGAGGUUCAGAAUAUUGCUCCUGUUCAGUACCUCACCCUGAGGUGGUACAAGGGCCAGACGGAGGUUUAUAACCACUCCUUCGCUGACCUCACAUCUUCCUCACCUGUCCAAGUGUCUUCUAUCCUCAUGGUCACACCAACCAAAGCCGAGAAUGGAGCACAGUACAAGUGCGUAGCAGAGCUGGAGCUCGGGCCAGAGGGACCACAGCCACCUCCUACUGUGAGCUCGGAGCCUCUUAAUGCCUCUGUUUACUUUCCUCCAACAUUCCUGAAUCCAGAGCCAGAGGUUUUGGACGUUCUACCGGGUGCUGAAAUUACCUUGAACUGCACUGCCACAGGAAACCCCACACCUGUGUAUAGCUGGCAGUCCUCCAAUCCCCUUGAGGAGAGGAUGGAGGACGAAGCAGCUCUUACCUCCUCCUCACUGCUUCCUGGGACCUACACCUGCACUGCCUCCAAUACACUGGAGAAGAAGAGCAAGCAGUUCAUUGUCAAGGCCAAUACCAAAGGUGAUUGAAACUUAAUCUUAAUCCUGAGAUGGGAUCAGAUGACCACAUUGGACAUACAACGAGAAUCCAGCUAUGGGGAUUUUACUGCUGCUGCUUUGGAGAUGGAAAUGACAAUGCAUUCAUGACUCAACAGAUAUUUAUGAGGAUCUUGCUAUCAGGCAGAUUUAGAUCUCAUUUAUAAAAAAUAUAUUUGAAUAUACUAUGUUUGGUAACUGUCAUUUAAUUGUUAGUAUUUUAACAUGAAUGUAUUCUGUGAGAUAGAUUUGUUGUUUAGAAUAUAGAAUGUAUAUUCACUUUUUAUGCUUUCCGUGUGAUAUCCUGUCUCUAAUUUAUAUUUUUGCUAGACUUAUUUUAUAUUAAUGAAAUUAUCAUGUAACAUUACAAAUGUAUAGCACCUCUUGACAUAGCAAUGCAUUAUAUAGCUACAUUAUCACUAAUGUUUGUUGGGAAUUUAACACGGAAUGUUAAAGAUCAGCAGGCAUUACUGUAAAU